GGAAUAAGGAGCUUACUGUUCAGAUUUGGUGCAUAAUCUGUGUGCACAAACUGUAUUCGUGACAUGUAAAUGGGGACUCACCGUUACAUACAUAAAUGCAGUUCUUGAAUACUGAAUUAUGCUGCCCCACGUGUUGAGUAAACACGCUUUCUCCUUGAUUCCAGGCGCUAUCCUGUAUCGUCGGAGACUGCCCAUUAUACAGUUGCUAACGUGAUACAAUGUCGGUUGUGUUUUGCUUAUGUCCAGCACACGUGGAACUGCGGCCUACCAUCGAAGAGAAACUGUGUCUUCGCCUGUGCUCCCUUCGUGUGGUUGGCAAACCCGUUUGGACAAGGUCGUCCACACACAAACACGCACAUACACAUACACACACCAUGACGCUAAAGGAACAAUAGACAUAGAGGCUAGUACAGCAUUUCAGUAUGGUCCCAAAUGAAUCCACGAUUCAGGUUGUGGUAGAUAUAUGGUGUAUGGUCGCAAUACUAACCGCACUUCACUAAUGUCAGCCAGAAUGACACAGUAGAUUAGCGUUGACACAACCUUAGUUCUUUCAUUUUAGCUGCUACAGUGUACCAUGGGCAUCUAGCCUGGCCGGAUACAGGUAUCCACUAAUAUUUAAUCAGUUGCGCGGUUUUUGUAUUGGGUGUUCAUUCUAAACGAAUAGCCCCUCGCAGGAUGACCCGUCUAACAGUCCUGCAGAUGGACUAGUCACAGGUGGAGAGUCUUCCGGGUACGUCACGUUGACGUAUUUUUUGUUAGGAUGCACAAGUAAAAUACCGGGGUUCGAUUCCCCGUCGAGGCACAUUAUUGUGCGUGAAGUUUAAUCGUGACUUCUACUUUCUACAAUCUUUACCCUACUCACAAACAUCCAAAUUUAAUCUACUAUCGCCCAUUGGACAUUCGAAGGACAGAUACUUCAGCCCAUUGGGAAGUGACGGGUGAGUGAGCCAAUCUGCAACACCAGGACAGGCACUGUGAGCCCAUUGGCAAUACGUCGCGCACCAAGCAGAGGUCAUGUGUUAAAAUUUGCACACCUAAUCGUCAGCCCUCGGUAGCUCAGUGGUAGAGCAGCGGACCGGAAAUUCGUGGACCGGGGUUCGAUUCCCCGUCGAGGCACAUUAUUGUGCGUGAAUUUUAAUCGUGACUUCUACUUUCUACAAAAUACUUUCUACUUUGACUUUCAGGUCUUCAAGGAAAACGUUGACCCAGCCGAAUUAUCGGGCACAAACAACAACAACAUGACACAAACGUUGUCUUUGCUCAACAACUCCACGCAGCAGGCGGCCAUCGCUCUUGAUGGGAACAGUCCAAUCGAGACGCAAAAGUCAAUGAAUGCAUGUCCCGAAGCCGUAACUGAUGGGGACAAAGGGGCAGACACGACCUACUCGCCUCUUCAAUCCUUACAAGAUGGGACAAACGGUGACCAACAGGUUGAGGUGGGAAGUUACAACAUUAGAGACAUGUCGCACGCUCCCGGAGCACACACAAUUGAUGCGACCCCAGAGAACGGAAUAUCCAGCUUCAGUGGUUCGGUACUCUCUGUACCUUUAGUACAGUCACAUGCUUCGACGUUUGGACCCGCUACGACCACGGCCACUAGGGUUACACAGGAAAUGGGGUUACGCGAAGCGGUCGUUGCCAACUACACUAAGAUGGAAGAAGGACCGAACUACGCACUGGCUCCGGUUAAUGGCAGACCCAACGGCGUGAUUAAUGAGAUUGAAAUAUAUUGCGGUUCUUGCAAAAGAAUACUCGAACGCAGGGGCAAUGAAAGUUACUGUACACUAUUGAAGGAUCAUUAUUUGGAAUGCUUCCUGGACAAAGAGGGAGAUCACGUGAAGUAUGUGAAAACAAAAGCCGCGCUGGAACCUGGUCAGAUGUACUGGUGCAAAUCCUGUAUUUUGAUAUUCGAAAAACCAUGGUCGCUCUUCCAACACAUGGCGGACAAAGCCAAGGGAAGUAAGGUGCAACGAUGGGAGAAGAAGAUCCAUCUGGAUUGGAUGGAUAGUGUUGCUGGACUUAUGGCAGGCUAUGACCUGGGUCUCUUCAGUCCUGCCAAGUUACGCGUUGACUUGCGUAAUCUACUGGCAGACCAACACACAAUGGAGGAGGAGAUGGAGGCAGCAGCGGUGACAGCGGCAGCUAUGAUGCAGUGGCUCACACCACUGAGCAGUCCUUGGCGUAUACAGCAAAGAGAAAUGAUGCGGAAGAUUGAACAACUCAAUCGUCAAAUGUUAAGAAAGGCCAACAUGGGCUUGGCAGGCCCUGGAGCGGGAUACGGUAUGAGAGCUGCGCUUACUGGAGCGCAAGUCCCCACGAAUUCAUCAUCGUCGACAAAUUAUAUCAAUCCCAACCGCGCAGCAUCUGGUUCAGUGCAGACCACACAAGCACCCCCCCGCGUACAGGAACCAGUAGCCAGUGAAAUAGUGUCGGAGGGAAGUAUGCAACAGUCGUCUUCAAAAUAUAAUGUAAUUUCCAAACCUGAUGCGAAUGGAGUUGCACAAAGUGUUUCCGAAGCAGGUUUCAGGGACCACAUCAACGCCGAUGACACAGUAUGUCAGUCACCUGUCGGGCCGUUGGGAGAUGGAAACAAUACUGCCGCAGUAGCACCUGAGGAACCAAGGCCACAGCAUGAAAUACUUGACUCUACUGGGGCAGCUGGUGACACACAAGGAGCCGGAGUGGGAACAGUUCAAACAAAGCCAAUGUGUGAUUCGGUUGAGGAGUCGGAGGAGCAUGACUCAGUGACGACCGUAGUAGAUACAAAUAACACCAAUAGUUCACGUUCUAGGGGAAACAGCACUUCAGCUAGGGGUGACGACGGAUGUGGUCGCAGGGUGGAAUUCAAGCGCGGGUUUAACAGUGCGCCUGCCUACGGUCAUGGAGGAGGCAAAGCUUAUAACUCUGUCGGACCGGGCUCGAAGAGUUACAAUGAUUCGUACAGAUAUCAAGUGCAUUCUCGCGGUUCACGUACACCAGGCUACGGGCCUACUUCGACGUCAUUUGGUGCGGGCCCUGGUCCAUACGGAACGCACAGGGCUAAUUUGCACCGUAUCAAUCGAAUGGGCAACGGGCCGCUUGUGCCGCCAAGCCGAGGAGCGAAUACUUUCAACCCACCGAGUUUUCAUGCCAGCUUGGAUUUCAACUGUGGGUUCACAGAUGAUGAAGUGGAAGAAUUGCUCUCUCAAGGAAUUCGACCGUGGGAUAGUGAGGCCGCGGCUGCGUUGGCAGUACUUCGAGGAGAAUGGGAUCAUCUGUUGGAUUAACCUGAGGAAAGUGCGUACAGUGCACCCUUGCUACUCGUUUGCUUAGUUCCUCUUGUAUGUUUUUCAAAGUUUUUUCCUAGUUGAGUGGCCGUAUCCAUUCAACUUGUUUCCUUGUGUGUGUACAUGUGUGCCAAUGUUUGGACAAAUCCUUUUGUCAUCGCAUGGCCAUUACUGAGUUUAAGGUGUCUGCGCCGUACAGCGUUGCACUCCUCCCUCGACCUCGCCUUGUUGUUCUAAAGUUACCCAUCAUUCAUUGUUUGCAAAUGUUUAGAAAGUGGUAAACCAGCUGAGUGGAAUUAGAAGACGACGGUGAACACUUCCAUUCACUCGAUAUUCAUGAAAGAAUUAGCUCUGUCGUUUAGAGAGAGAAAACAGCUUGUCGACCGUUCGUAUAUCAUUUUUGACCAAAUUGCCUACCAGACGAUUUUCGUCACACAUAGGCCCGAAAGCCGCGGGAAGACACAACAACAUCCUCUUCUAUAGACACAUAACAAGGGCACAUAUCGUGGCCAUCAUCAUUGCCAUCUUGGAGUGGAUGCAUCAUGAAUAGACAGUCUGUGCCCCUAUGAUGUCUUUGGUGAGAAUUAAAACUGUCUUCCCAAGAGCUAACAUCGCUUGGUCGUCCCACACCUGUCCUGCUUCUGGUUUAGGAUAGCAGAUUAAUGUGAGUCUGAGCGAAGGACGACUGCAGCGGCAAUUUGUCCUUCUUCCGGAUUGUGUCUGAUCGUACUACAACUGGGCCUCAAGAGUAUAACACCGCGGAAAGAAAUGUGGAAAACGGAACUCAUAGAACAUUUUUGUGCCGGUGCGAAGAUAUCACAAAUCCUAACAACACAUUACAGGCUUGAACACCGAGGGAUUGCUUCCCGUCAUUUCACUGGUUCCGUCGCGUAAAGCAUCAUCACCUGUAUAUGUCCUGACUUUUAGCAGGUUCCUUUAAUCCGACUUCAGACGUCUCCCACCCGUGUCACUGACUGACACGGAAGACAGUCCAUGCCAACUUGAAGCCAAAAUUGUCAAAGACCACAUCUGCGUUUCUCGCUCUAUUAUUGACCCAAAGUGGUGCAUUGAUUACAGCAGCCAUCAUUUGAUCAGUACCGUGACUUGCUCACGCCUGUGUGACGCUCAUUCGCCCGUAUUGCCUCCUCCGUGUCACUUCCUUCUGUCUUACAAUCACCCACGCUAUUUCGUCCGUCCUGUGUGUGAUUGGUUUUUGCCCAUGCGUCCAGGCAACCUAUAGAAUCAACCGGUUUACUUUCUAACCACAUUUAAUGAUUAAAAGUGUCGUUAUUAUUCUGUUCGGCGCAGCAAAUAAAGUAAAAGCCAUGUUCGCUCGAAAAUGCG